AUUUCUUUGCUGUAGUAUCCAUAGGUGGUGCUGCUGAGUUUCCAGUGUCUACAGUGGGUGUAUUGGUUUAACAAGCAGCACGUGCAUUGAGUGCAUCAUGGUUUAAAAGCUGGCAACUUUCUAUUCUUUACAGUUUUCUCAUAACAGAAGGAUCACAGACUUUUCACUUGGAGAGGGCAGGGAUUGGAAGGACUGAGUGGUCUUCAUGUUGUUCAACAUAAGCUUACUGAAAGACUUGUUGAUAUUAAAAUCUACUUGCUGCAAGCUGAAAGAAGAGUUGAAUAAAAAAAGGUUAAACAUCAGUACAAAGACUGCACUUGGUUUUUACUCUCCUUGAAAAUCCUUUACAGAUCUUGUUGCACGGCUAAUACUUUUCAGAUGCCAAAAUCUAAGAUCCUCAUUCACGGUCAUACUGACCAUAGAUUGUCAGCAGUGGUUCCCUUCAAUGAAUUUUCCCCAGAAAAGAAAGAUGUCGAACUGAUUUUAGUCAAAGAACAGAAUGGAAUUCAAUAUACAAAUAACACAGUUAUCGCCCCAGAUGCUUCCCAGAAAUAUGAGGUUCCGGUGCCAGAAGAGCAAGAAAGGGAGCACUGGGGCAAGAAAAUUGACUUUCUUCUAUCAGUUGUUGGUUUUUCAGUGGAUUUGGCCAAUGUCUGGAGAUUCCCUUAUCUCUGCUAUAAGAAUGGAGGCGGUGCUUUUCUUAUUCCAUACACUCUAUUCCUUAUCAUUGCUGGAAUGCCAUUGUUCUAUAUGGAAUUAGCUCUUGGCCAAUACAACAGAGAAGGUGCAGCCACAGUCUGGAAGAUUUGUCCCUGUUUCAAAGGUGUUGGCUACACUGUGAUAUUAAUAGCACUCUAUGUGGGCUUCUACUACAAUGUCAUUAUUGCAUGGUCAUUAUACUAUCUGGCAUCUUCCUUCACCUCUGAGCUUCCUUGGACCACAUGUGGGAAUGUGUGGAACACUCCAAAUUGCACUGACCCAACUGUUCUCAAUGGUUCUCUUUUUGGAAAUGGAACAAAAUACUCAAAGUACAAAUUAACUCCAGCUACACAGUUUUAUGAACGUGAAGUGCUGCAUCUGCAUGAAAGUGCUGGAAUUCAUGACCUUGGCCUCCCACGAUGGCAGUUAACUCUGUGUCUUUUUGCUGUUCUUAUAGUCCUAUUUUUCAGCUUAUGGAAAGGAGUAAAGACAUCAGGAAAAGUGGUAUGGAUAACUGCAACACUACCAUAUGUGGUACUGUUUGUUCUCCUCAUCCGUGGUGUAACACUGCCUGGCUCUUUCAAAGGCAUUAGUGCAUAUCUUCACAUAGACUUCAAAAGACUUAAAGAACCUGGUGUCUGGAUAGAUGCUGCAACUCAAAUAUUUUACUCGUUGGGGGCAGGCUUUGGAGUAUUAAUUGCUUUUGCCAGUUAUAAUAAAUUUGAUAAUAACUGUUACAGGGAUGCUUUGCUUACAAGUACAAUCAAUUGUGUCACAAGUUUUAUAUCUGGAUUUGCCAUUUUCUCAAUACUUGGUUACAUGGCUCAAAAAAAUAAUGUAAAAAUAGAAGAUGUAGCAACAGAAGGACCAGGGCUUGUUUUCGUUAUAUAUCCAGAAGCAAUAUCUACCCUUCGAGGAUCUACAUUUUGGGCUGUAGUAUUUUUUAUUAUGUUGCUUACCCUUGGCAUUGACAGUGCUAUGGGUGGUAUGGAGGCAGUUAUCACUGGGAUAGCUGAUGAUUUUAGUAUCGUAAAGAAACAUCGCAAAGCGUUUACCUUUGCAGUUGCAUUCAUUACAUUCCUGCUGGCACUGCUGUGCAUAACAAAUGGUGGAAUCUAUGUGGUCACUCUCCUGGAUACAUUUGCUGCAGGAACCUCAAUUUUGUUUGCUGUUUUAAUAGAAGCAGUCGGAGUAUCUUGGUUUUAUGGUGUGGAUAGGUUCAGUGAUGACAUUUACAGGAUGCUUGGUUUUAGGCCUGGCCUAUACUGGAGACUCUGCUGGAAAUUUGUCAGCCCUGCCUUCUUGUUGUUUGUAGUGAUCACUAGUAUUGUGACCUACAGUCCUCUUUCAUAUGAUGACUACAACUUUCCUCCAUGGGCUAAUCGGACUGGAUGGGCCAUUGCAUUGUCAUCCAUGCUUCUGGUCCCCAUCUAUUCUGUCUACAAAUUCUUCACUGUGCCUGGGACCUUUAUACAGAAGCUUGGAUACUGUAUCACCCCAGAAAACGAAUAUUAUCUUGUUCAGCAAGGAGACAUAAGGCAGUUUAAGCUGAAGCACUGGCUGUCUUUAUGAGAAACAAGACAGAAGACAAAAUAAAGUAUUAAUACUUUGGACUAGAUCAAUUUGAAGAUACAGUUGACUAUUCAAAAUGACGUUGGUUAUUUGUUCAAUGCAUCCUUUACAUGAUUUUUAUUCUUAUAUCACAAUGUUAACUUAAAUGUCUUCAGUCAGUCUGAUGUUAGUGAUAACAUAAUAUGUUUGCUGAGAUAGGUUAAAUUGUUCUGAAUAUACAUUCUGCAGUUGUUUCAUUAGCCGCCAUAUUAAAACUACCUCUAUAAUUUGUCUGUAAUGUACAGUUUAAUGCAAUUACUGCUUUUUUGACAUGUAACUUACAUUAUUAUUAUUAUAUACAGCUAUAUUCUUUGUUUAAAUUAUACAAGAAAACCUUUUUUCUGAA